CUCGCCGCGCCCAGGCCAGCACGCCGCGCAGGCGCAGUGGACCGGACUCGCCAUGCCGACUGUCAGCCUGAAGCGCGAUUUGCUCUUCCGAGCUCUGGGCCGGACCUACACUGACGAAGAAUUUGAUGAACUAUGUUUUGAAUUUGGUCUGGAACUUGAUGAAAUUACAUCUGAGAAGGAAAUUAUAAGUAAGGAACAAGGUAAUGAAAAGGCACAGGGGGCCUCUGAUGUUGUUCUCUACAAAAUUGAUGUCCCUGCCAAUAGAUAUGAUCUCCUAUGUCUGGAAGGAUUGGUUCGAGGACUUCAGGUCUUCAAAGAAAGGGUAAAGCCUCCAAUGUAUAAACGGGUAAUGCCUAAUGGAGAAAUCCAGAAAUUGAUCAUCACAGAAGAGACUGCUAAAAUACGCCCGUACGCUGUUGCAGCAGUUCUCCGAAACAUAAAGUUUACCAAAGAUCGAUAUGACAGCUUCAUUGAACUUCAGGAGAAGUUACAUCAGAACAUUUGCAGGAAAAGAGCCUUGGUUGCUAUUGGUACCCAUGACUUGGACACUUUGUCAGGCCCAUUUACUUAUACUGCGAAGAAACCUUCCGAUAUCAAAUUCAAGCCUCUAAAUAAGACCAAGGAGUAUACAGCCUGUGAACUGAUGAACAUAUACAAGACUGACAACCACCUUAAACAUUAUUUACAUAUAAUUGAAAAUAAACCUCUGUAUCCGGUUAUCUAUGAUAGCAAUGGUGUCGUCCUUUCAAUGCCUCCAGUCAUCAAUGGAAAUCAUUCCAAAAUAACAGUAAAUACUAGAAAUAUAUUUAUUGAAUGCACAGGGACUGACUUUACUAAGGCAAAAAUAGUUCUUGAUAUCAUUGUCACCACGUUCAGUGAAUAUUGUGAGAAUCAAUUUACGGUUGAAGCAGCUGAGGUAGUUUUUCCUAAUGGAAAAUUACAUACCUUUCCAGAACUGGCUUAUCGAAAGGAGAUGGUGAGAGCUGAUCUAAUUAACAAAAAAGUUGGGAUCAGAGAAACUCCAGAAAAUCUUGCCAAGCUUCUGACCAGGAUGUGUUUAAAGUCAGAAGUCAUAGGCGAUGGGAAUCAGAUUGAAAUUGAAAUCCCUCCGACCAGAGCUGACAUUAUCCACGCCUGUGAUAUCAUAGAAGAUGCAGCUAUUGCUUAUGGAUAUAACAACAUUCAGAUGACUCUCCCGAAAACAUACACCAUAGCUAAUCAAUUUCCCCUAAAUAAACUGACAGAACUCCUGAGACACGACAUGGCAGCUGCUGGAUUCACUGAGGCACUUACCUUUGCUCUGUGCUCCCAAGAAGAUAUUGCUGAUAAACUGGGUUUGGAUAUCUCUGCAACAAAGGCAGUCCUCAUAAGUAAUCCUAAAACAGCUGAAUUUCAGGUGGCACGCACUACCCUGCUUCCUGGCCUCCUAAAGACCAUAGCUGCGAAUCGGAAGAUGCCCCUUCCUCUGAAACUGUUUGAAAUCUCUGACAUUGUAAUAAAAGAUUCUAGCAGAGAUGUAGGUGCAAGAAACUACAGGCAUCUCUGUGCUGUUUAUUACAACAAGAAUCCUGGGUUUGAGAUAAUCCAUGGGCUUCUGGACAGAAUCAUGCAGCUACUUGAUGUGCCUCCUGGUGAAAAGAAGGGAGGAUAUGUGAUCAAAGCAUCAGAAGGCCCUGCAUUCUUCCCCGGGCGAUGUGCUGAGAUCUUUGCCCGGGGUCAGAGCAUCGGGAAGCUGGGGGUCCUUCAUCCUGAUGUUAUCACCAGAUUCGAGCUGACCAUGCCCUGCUCCUGCGUGGAAAUCAACAUUGAGCCGUUUUUGUGAAGAUGGGUCUCGUGUGGUUCUCGCCCCGAGGGUCCCUCUCUCCUCCUAGGUGCCCUUUAGUUGUCCCCACAGUAAGUAAGUCCACUUGUGCUUGUGCAUUAAUGUUGAAUAAAGUAGAAAGCAGUGUCUGGCUCCGUGGGUGGUACUGCCAUCCCUGCAUCGGGCCAGCUUGUACUGCACAAAUGCGGCAUCUGCUUGUCCACGAGAGCCCAGUGUGGGGCCAGGAGCUGUUCUGAGAAACAGAGAAGCUCUCCACACAUCAGAGCCUCUCACCGUCACCAUCACAUCUUCAGGACAGAGUCCUGUUCUUUUCCCUGAUGAAACGAGAUAGCUGAUUAGAGCACACGUACGAGAUUAACUAAGAACUUUUUGUUCUUAUUUUCUACAUUUGAUGCAUGUUCAUCACUGGGAAACAGUAACAGCAUUUUUAGAAAACUUUUAAGAAUUAGUGAUGGUCUAAUAGUUGCAGCCUUUGAAGUCAUCUUAAACUGAAAGAAAAAUGCACACGUAUUCAAAAUAUUUGAGGGUGCAUCGGUAUUGGCUACUCUGUCUGUGAUACUCAGAGAUGGGGUUUGUGGACACACAGCACAGAUUCAUUCUGCUAGAAGAGUUAAAAGGGAUACACUGGUACCAGUGCACUAUGAACGUUAGGAAACAAUGAAAACUUAUUUUUGCCCUAGGCCAUACAUUUUAUUGUUGUCAGUGUUAUAAGAUCAUGGUUUUAAGUAAUUAAUAGAGCUACUAGUCUCUUAUUUUAUAGGGAGGUAUUAGGUCUCUCCUUCUCUGAAGCUAAGCUUCUGCCAGUCGGCCUUGUCUUAACCUCCUAAUUUACUUUAAUACUUCGAUCUAGAAUCCUCCAGUAGGUACCAUGUAUUGAAAAAAGCUGGGUGUAAUGUUUGAGAAAAGUUCUCGGUUACUGUUGAGAUGAUAUGAAACACAGUAAAUUGUAAAACAACUUCAAAGUAAGUCCCCGUAGAAAUAGCUAGUAAGGAUAGACAAGAAUUAUGUUUAUGGAGCUUUUGCUGCACCUAAUACUAAGACUAUAUUACUACCUUGAAUCAGGGCAGCAGUGUCCAGCUUAGCAAGAUUUGUGAACGUACAGACUGCCAUCUCUUCCUUCCCAAUCCCAUUGUAAGCUGAUCCUUACAUUUCAGUAACGAAGUGAGAUACGCCCAUUAAAAAUAAUGCUUGUCAAAA